UCGGGUCACGUGGCUACGGCGCCCGCCGUCUCCACGGCAACGCGGCCUAGCAGCAGCAGCGGGAGGCGGCAAGAGAUGGACGAGACGGAGAGUGAGCAUGGACCAGGGACCGCACAUCAGGCGUUCCUCACGAUGGAGGAACUCGGCGAUAAACUGAAGCUCCUUCGAUACGAAGAGACUUUCCUCAAACAACACAACAUGAAGCCUCUCUCCAGGCAUUACUUUGCAUUGGCCACUAAUCCAGGCGAGCAGUUCCAUGCAUUUGCAUCACUAGCCAGCUGGCUGAUCAAUCAGGCAGGACGGCCCUUCGAAGCGCCACACGAGCACGAUGACCCCAACGCCACGCUGGCGCGCAUCCUCACAGAGCUGCGGAACACGGGAGCUGCGGUGGAUUUCCCUCCGUCGCGGCUCAAGACGGGCUGUGGGGAGCUCGUAUGCUACACCCUGGAUCGGUUGGCAGAGGCCGCACUGACGCACAGCAACUUCGCAUGGCAAAUGCCGCUGUAUCCAGAGGAGGUGCAGGAAGAUGAGGCGAUCGUGAUUGAUGACUCCGAGCUCACUCUUGAUAAAGUGGAAGAAAGCGCCGGGGGGAAUGUCGAUGAUUAUGAAGAUGAGGAGGAGGAUGAAAACUUGCUCGACUUGGACAAGAUUCGGAGCAAGAAACAGGAGACACCUGGGGCCGACGUCCUGGAGUCUCAGACCGAUGCAGCAGCGUGGAGCCUGGAGCUGGAGCGCAUCCUCCCUCAGCUGCGGGUCACCGUGCGCAGCGACCACAAGGACUGGCGAUCUCAUAUUGAGCAGAUGCACCAACAUCGUCAGGGAAUCGAUUCGGCACUUCUGGACAGCAAGGGUCAGCUGGAGCGACUGCAAGAGGAGAUGUCUCGGACUCUGGAGAAAAUCUCGAGCCGUGAGAAGUACAUGAACGCACAGCUCGAGGGUCUCAUCCAGCAGUACCGCACCGUGCAGCAGCAGCUGGCGCAGGUCAAGGAUCAGUACCGGCAGGGCAGUGGAGGGGUGACCGAACGAGCGCAGACGCUUGCCGAGAUCACAGAAGAGCUCGAAAAGGUGAAACAAGACAUGGAGGAAAGAGGAAGCAGCAUGACUGAUGGAGGGCCCCUGGUGCGCAUCAAGCAGGCCCUCACCCGCCUCAAGCAGGAGACGGAGCACAUGAACGUGCGCGUGGGGGUCGUGGAGCACAUGCUGCUGCAGGCGCGCGUCAGUGACAAGCAUGACAUGACUCGCGAUAUGCACGCCAACGGCACCUACUAGGGCGACAUUCGCAUCGCUCCCUGGCGUCACCCUCCUCCUCAUCCACCGUUGCCACUCUACUGCAUCCAGGACCUUCAUUUCUCUCAAUGUUUUCUGUAUCGCGGUAGACCAGGAGCUGGCACGCGACCUGCAGCCAUG